AGAGCAGCUAAAGAUCUCCUCUCUCUCUCUCGCUCUCUCCCCAAUCCUUCCGCACUCUCUCUCUCUCUCUCUCUCUCUCUAGACUCUCUCCACCCAAAAUCUGCAACUUCUACCAGCCUACAUAUUCACAAAAAAUACCUCAGAGAUCUGAUUUUUACACUCUCAUUGCGAUACCCAAAAAAUCACAGGAACAGAUUGACAAGAAAUACCAAGAAACUGGAAGGUCUGUUGUUGUAGAACAAAAAUUCUCACAACGGUGAACCGGAGACACUGAAACUCCUGGUAAUUAUAUUGAAGCACAUAACUGGUUGAAGAUCAAACUGUCAUCCGUACAAGCCUUCAAUUCAGGAAGCUCUCAGUGAGAGAUACAGCAGCUCAUUUUUUUCAUAUCCAUUCAGUAGAUAAACUUGGCAGCUUAUAGCAAAUUGGUGCUCUCUUCGGCCUUGAGAAUGCUGGAAUACUGUUUUCUGGUCAUUGAUUGUGGUUGAAGCUCAAGUUUGUAGCUUCUCAGUUCAUAUUCAGAAGACAUUUUAUGGCUAGUUCGUGUGAGAGGUGGACUGAUGGUCUUCAAUUCUCAUCGCUUUUCUGGCCUCCUCCACAAGAUGCACAGCAAAGAAAGGCUCAAAUUACUGCCUAUGUUGAAUACUUUGGUCAGUUCACAUCAGAACAAUUUCCAGAGGAUAUAGCUGAGCUGAUUCGUAAUCGUUAUCCGUCGAAAGAAAGACGUCUUUUUGAUGAUGUGCUAGCAAUCUUUGUCCUUCAUCAUCCAGAGCAUGGGCAUGCUGUCAUUCUUCCAAUUAUUUCAUGUAUUAUUGAUGGCACACUGGAGUAUGAUCGUGGUAGUCCUCCAUUUGCCUCUUUCAUUUCUUUGGUCUGCCCAAGUAGUGAGAAUGAGUACUCCGAACAGUGGGCUCUGGCAUGUGGAGAGAUUUUAAGAAUUUUGACUCAUUACAAUCGCCCAAUAUACAAGGUUGAGCGGCAGCAGAGUGAAGCAGAAAGAAGUGAGAGUGGCAGCCUUGCUACAACAAGUAGCUCCACUGCUGGGGAUGCGCAACAUGAGAAGAAGCCAUUAAGGCCUUUAUCCCCAUGGAUUACUGAUAUAUUAUUGGCAGCACCUCUAGGUAUUAGAAGUGACUACUUUCGUUGGUGUGGUGGAGUGAUGGGAAAAUAUGCGGCUGGAGAACUUAAACCACCUUCAGCUAGUACAUCUCGUGGGUCAGGGAAGCAUCCACAGCUCAUGCCAUCAACUCCAAGGUGGGCUGUUGCCAAUGGAGCUGGUGUUAUACUAAGCGUUUGUGACGAGGAAGUUGCUCGUUAUGAGACUGCUACUUUAACUGCAGCUGCUGUUCCUGCACUUCUGCUUCCUCCUCCAACAACAGCUAUGGAUGAACAUCUUGUUGCAGGGCUACCUGCUCUUGAGCCAUAUGCACGUUUAUUUCAUCGCUAUUAUGCAAUUGCAACGCCAAGUGCCACCCAAAGGCUUCUUCUUGGGCUUCUAGAAGCACCACCAUCAUGGGCUCCUGAUGCACUUGAUGCUGCUGUACAACUUGUGGAACUUCUUAGAGCAGCUGAAGAACAUGCUUCUGGCAUGAGGCUUCCAAGAAACUGGAUGCAUUUGCAUUUCUUGCGUGCAAUUGGGACUGCAAUGUCAAUGAGAGCAGGCAUAGCUGCAGAUACUGCCGCAGCAUUGCUUUUUCGCCUGCUUUCACAGCCUGCUUUGCUUUUUCCUCCACUUAGGCAAGUUGAAGGUGUUGAAGUUCAACAUGAACCUCUUGGUGGUUAUAUUUCAUGCUACAAGAAGCAGAUUGAAGCACCUGCUGCUGAAGCAACAAUUGAGGCCACUGCUCAGGGGAUUGCAUCAAUGCUUUGUGCACAUGGGCCUGAGGUUGAAUGGAGAAUAUGCACCAUAUGGGAAGCUGCUUAUGGUCUGAUUCCAUUAAGUUCUUCAGCUGUUGACCUUCCUGAAAUCAUAGUUGCAACCCCCUUGCAGCCUCCCAUGCUCUCAUGGAAUUUAUACAUACCUCUUCUUAAGGUACUUGAGUAUCUUCCUCGUGGAAGUCCAUCUGAAGCAUGUCUCAUGAAAAUUUUUGUUGCAACUGUUGAAGCAAUUCUUCAAAGAACAUUUCCACCUGAGUCCUCCAGGGAAGAAAUCAGGAAAACAAGAUACUAUUUUGGUGUUGGGUCUGCCUCCAAGAAUCUUGCCGUGGCAGAGUUGCGUACAAUGGUGCACUCACUAUUUCUAGAAUCAUGUGCCUCUGUGGAGCUUGCUUCACGCUUGCUUUUUGUUGUAAUAACUGUGUGUGUCAGCCAUGAAGCUCAGCCCUGUGGCAGCAAAAGGCCUAGAGGAGAAUAUAAUUACCCUCCUGAAGAAAUCAGUGGGGACUUGCAAUUGGUGCCUACCAACCGGAGAGAUUUGAGAAUUAGGAGAACUAAAAAACAGGGCCCUGUAGCUGCAUUUGAUUCUUAUGUUCUAGCCGCUGUCUGUGCUCUUGCCUGUGAACUACAAAUGUUCCCUUUGAUUUCAAGAGGGAGUAAUCAUUCAGAUUUCAAAGAUGUGCAGGAUGUAGCAAAGCCUGCAAAGAUAAAUGGGUCUUCUGAUGAAUUCCAGAGCAGUGUUGACUCUGCUGUUCGGCAUACUCACAGAAUAUUGGCAAUUUUGGAGGCACUUUUUUCUCUGAAACCAUCUUCGGUCGGCACCACGUGGAGCUACAGUUCAAAUGAGAUAGUUGCUGCAGCUAUGGUUGCAGCUCAUAUCUCUGACCUAUUCAGGCGUUCAAAAGCUUGCAUGCAUGCUCUCUCUGUGCUGAUGCGUUGCAAGUGGGAUCAUGAAAUUCACUCCAGGGCAUCUUCACUAUAUAACCUUAUUGAUAUUCACAGUAAAGCUGUUGCAUCUAUAGUCAACAAAGCAGAGCCACUUGAAGCAAAUUUGAUGCAUGGACCUGUUUGGAAAGAUAGCACUGCCUGUCUUGAUGGCAGAAACCAAAACAAGCGUGCUAAUACUAGGCUGGAGCCAUCCUCUGUACAGUGCAUUAAUUCAGAAGAAUCAGGAACUUCACUUAAGAGUGAGAAAGUUUCACCUUCAGCUGAAGGCACUGGAAAUCUUUCAUGCAAAGGGAUUGCAAGUUUCCCACUAGAUGCUUCAGACCUAGCCAACUUCCUCACAAUGGAUAGGCAUAUAGGAUUUAAUUGCAGUGCACAAGUUCUUCUGAGAUCGAUACUGGCUGAGAAGCAAGAAUUAUGUUUUUCUGUUGUUUCGUUGCUCUGGUACAAAUUGAUUGCAGCACCUGAGACACAACCUAGUGCAGAAAGCACUUCUGCCCAACAAGGAUGGAGACAGGUGGUUGAUGCAUUAUGCAAUGUCGUAUCAGCAACACCAAUGAAAGCUGCAACAGCUGUUGUUCUUCAGGCGGAAAGGGAAUUGCAGCCAUGGAUUGCAAAAGAUGACGAUCAAGGACAAAAGAUGUGGAGAAUCAACCAACGAAUAGUGAAACUGAUUGUGGAGUUAAUGAGAAACCAUGAUACCCCAGAAUCGUUGGUAAUUUUGGCUAGUGCUUCGGAUCUUCUUCUGCGUGCUACAGAUGGGAUGCUAGUGGAUGGAGAAGCAUGCACUUUACCGCAGCUGGAGCUACUGGAAGCAACAGCCAGAGCAAUUCAACCAGUUCUUGAGUGGGGUGAAUCGGGAGUGGGAGUUGCAGACGGCCUUUCAAACCUACUAAAGUGCCGUGUUCCAGCUACAGUCCGAUGCCUCUCUCAUCCGAGUGCUCAUGUCCGUGCUCUCAGCACAUCAGUUCUUCGUGACAUCCUGCAUACAGGUUCAAUAAAAUCUAGCCCGAAACCAGUAGUAGACAUAAACGGCAUACAUGAUGCCGCUUGCCAGUACCUAGUGGCAGGCACCAUUGAUUGGCAAGCCGACAUUGAGAAGUGUCUAACAUGGGAAGCUCAUCGCAGACUUGCAACCGGGAUGCCUAGAGAAUUUCUGGACGUUGCUGCUAAGGAGUUGGGAUGUACUAUAUCUCUUUGACAUUUCUAGCAUUUGGGAGUGUAUUUUAGUUCACUUGCAUAUUCAAUUACCAAGUGAGGACUACUCAUAAGAAAAGGAAACUGAUUUGCUUGGAGCAUACAACAGGUAGACCAGGGAAGUUCUUGUAGUAGAAUCUGAUUUGGGAAGAAAUUACUGGGGUUGUAUAGUGAGGUCGUAGACGGCGACGAAAACGAUCUUUUCCAUGAAUAGGGAUGAUGAUUAUGUGAUGCUCAGAUCUAAUCUGGUCAACUAACUUGUGCUGGAUUUCAAUGGAUUCCAUUUCCAACCA